UAACAGUUAAUGUGGUACUAACCGCUUACUUUCGAGUGAAUCUGUGCUUACUCUAGCGGCUGCUUUAAGAACUGCACCAAGAAGUUCUCCUUAGAAAAUCCGUCAAAAUGACUUUAUUUUACUCUUUUCACAGGACAGCAGAUUAUGCAGUUUAAAGUUCGUCUCUAUUAAUGUCCUUGCCUGACGAAAGAGUCGCUUGUGAUUGGUUAAAGUCGAUACAAACUAUAAAGCCACGCCCAUUAAAGUUCUUCUAACUGUAAGUCACACCAGAUGUUUAAGUUGUAGUUGCAGUUACAAAGCUGUAGUUUUGUCCAGUCUCCAGGUUCAUCAUGAAUCCCUCUGGUUAUAACAAACCAGGAAAAACUUUCCUUUUCACAUCCGAGUCUGUAGGAGAAGGACAUUCUGAUAAAAUGUGUGAUCAGAUCAGCGAUGCUGUACUGGAUGCUUACUUGGCAAAGGACCCGGACUCCAAAGUGGCAUGUGCAGAGUGUGUGUCAAAGACAGGUAUGAUCCUUCUGUGUGGUGAAGUGACAUCAAAGGCUGUCGUGGACCUUCAGAAAGUGGUUAGAGACACCGUCAAGAAUAUCGGAUAUGAUGAUUCAUCAAAGGGAUUUGACUACAAGACGUGUAAUGUGUUGGUGUCUCUGCAGCCGCAGUGCUCUGAGAUCAGCGACUGUGUGUUUGAAGGCAGAGACAUGGAGGACAUCGGUGCUGGAGAUCAGGGUUUGAUGUUUGGCUACGCCACUGAUGAGACAGAAGAGUGUAUGCCGCUAACCAUCCUACUAGCUCACAAACUCAAUGCCAAAAUGAAGGAGCUCUCAAAGACUGGAGUUUGUCCUUGGAUUCUUCCAGAUUCAAAAACACAGGUGACCGUGGAGUAUCGUGAUAACAUGGGUGCCAUGGAGCCUCUGCGUGUUCAUACUCUAGUCAUCUCAGUUCAGCACAGUCCUGACAUCACGCUGGAAGAUAUACGCCACAAUCUGAUGGAGAAAGUUGUAAAGGCCGUCAUCCCGGCUAAAUAUCUGGAUGACAAGACUAUUUAUCACCUGCUGCCCAGUGGGAAGUUCCUUGUAGGUGGUCCACAGGGAGACGCUGGUCUGACAGGCAGGAAGAUCAUUGUGGACACUUACGGUGGCUGGGGCGGUCACGGCGGCGGGGCGUUCUCAGGGAAAGAUUACUCUAAAGUGGAUCGCUCAGGGGCAUACGCCGCCCGCUGGGUGGCCAAGUCUCUCGUCAAAGCCAAACUGUGUCGCAGAGUUCUGGUUCAGAUCUCAUAUGCUAUUGGUAUUAGUCACCCUUUGUCAGUGUCUGUUUUUCAUUAUGGCACAUCAACGAGAGAAGAGGACGAGCUUCUAGAGAUUGUUAAGAACAAUUUUGACCUGAGGCCAGGGGUCAUCGUCAAGGAGCUUGAUCUAAAGAAACCGAUCUACCAGAAAACAGCUUGCUAUGGACACUUUGGACGAGAGGGAUUUCCUUGGGAGAAGCCGAAGAAGCUCAUCUUCUGAUAGAGACAGAGAAUAACAGUUUACAUUCCUUUUGGUUUUUAAUGAUUAUGACUGUAUUUGUGCAAAUGUACCUUUACUGUGAUCAAGAUUUUAUAAGGGCUAAAAUGACUUAAUCUAAUAUUUUCCUUGAGAGAAAUCUACACUGCCUUCUCAUCCCUCAUUAGAAUGAAGCAUCCUUCCUUUGUAUGAAUCAACAGAAUUCAGUUAGUUACUGAAUUAGGUGGAAAAUGUGAUUUUUUUUUUUUUUUAUUACUGUAUCUUAUGCAUCAUAUAAAAACUGAUGACUGUGAAGACAUUAAACCAUUUUUAACACUA